AUGGAAGGAACACAGGAUCAUGAUGAUCGCCACAGCGAUAACAGUGACUAUAUGAUGGAGGAUCAUAGCCCCGACGAGAACCAAUACGGUAGUUCAGAUGAUGAUUAUGAGCGUUCAAGCAGUCGGUACUAUGACGAGGAAGGAGAUGGAGAGGAUGAAGAUGAGGUUGAGGAAGAUGCGUACAUUGAUGAUGAUGACGAUGACGAUAAUGAUGUGGAAGAGUUCGUUGGGGGCACUGGGAGAUCGGAGAGGUCAUAUACGGCGCAUGGAAUUUUAGGAAGCUUGGCCCAGAGUUUGAAUGAAAAUGCUGGGGAAGGUGGUGAUCGUACGCGUGCAAGGCAGGGACUUAUGAACCUGUCGGAAGUGUUUCCUGAGAUAUUGUCGAUCCUUAAUGAUGGAGGACAUGGGAUAGGAGGUGGUCGUGGUGGUAGAAGUGAGAGGAUUUACCGCUUAGUCAAUAACGUUUCCAAUGCAACGGAAGAUCCUUAUAUGGCCAUGGAGAGUCUUAGAGAGCUGUCAGAGCAUUUACUUAUGAUGGAUCAGGUUAUCAUAGAGAGGAUGCUACCGAUUGAAAAAUUGCUUGCUAGCAUCGUGGAAUUGCUUUCAAACCCACUUCUUAAGGGUGAAUUGGAAUUGCAACUGCUCUCAUGCCGUUGUCUAUACAACCUCUUUGAGGCCAACCCAGAGAGUAUAUCUGUUGCCGUUGAUCAUAAUAUCAUAACUGCUUUGCAAGAUAUACUUCAAGAAAUCAGCUACAUAGAUUUGGCUGAGCAAGUUCUCGAAACUCUUGAACUUAUCUCUAGAGUCAACGCUAGGGAUAUCUUGAGGUCAGGAGGUCUGUCGACAUCUUUGCAAUACUUGGACUUCUUCACUAUCCAUGCUCAGAGAAAAGCGGUCGGGAUCGUUUCCAAUGCAUGUAGUCGAGUGCAAUUGGAAGACUUCAACAUUAUCAAGGAACUGUCCGUCAUUUUGAAGCCGGUCUUCAUCAAUGCUGAGGACCAAAUUAUGUUAUCCAAACUCGUAAACGCUCUAUACGGGAUAUGUGGAGCGUUCAGGCAUGACUACAUGUUGGAGACUUUAUUCACCAUUGAUAUAGUAAUGCGCAUUUCUCAACUAAUUGCUAGUUCGGAGACUCAGCUAGAUAUGAAAUUAAAAUGUCUCGAAAUUAUUUCUGUUUUGGUUAACGUAAGUGGCCAUAUUUCUAAGGAAUUCAUCGAAACAGGCAAAGUGGCAAACAUGCUAUCUGAUUCCUUUAGUUGUUACUGUAAGUCCCCAGAUGCUGCAUUGCACGAAACUUUGAUGUUUGUACCGAAACCUCUAUUGCAUUCUGUAGCUCGCACUAUAGCGUUGCUAUUCCCAGCCGAAUAUGAGCAGAUCCUUUCCAUUGACAUACCAAAAGAUGCGGCCCUCAAAUAUGAUGACGAAAAACUAGACAAGCUACUAAAAGAACUAACACCUCUCAUGGUGGAAAUCUACAUGAACGCAGUAGAUUUUGAAGUCCGUAGGUAUGUUUUGAUCGCUUUGGCCAGAAUAUCUACUUGUUUGACAAAAUCCACAAUCAAGAGUGUCGACUCUAGCAUUAUUAGAUUGGUCGGUUCUACUUUGGCCCAGAAUGAGUCGAUUAUUGAUAAAGAACAAGGUCAAGCGUGGGUCGCUAGUGGUUUAGUUGUCGGAGUUCUUUCUUUGAUCGAUAUACUUACAAUGAGGUUCGCUCCUGAUGUUUUGCCUCAAUUGAAACGAGAAGGUAUCUUCAGUUUGCUCCAGACACUAAAUUCAACUUUACAAAGAAUUAAGGACGAAGAUGGCGAGACUUUUGACGCCGAAAGUCUCGAUAAAAGUGAUGAUUUAAUUUCAAGUGGAGAUCCCGAGAGCAACGACGAGGAAGGUGAUGAGGAAACCGAACUUCAGUUUGGUUUGAUGGACAUACCAGACCAGGUCGAACCCAAGAAGAUAAAAUUUAAUGUUUUGAGAAGGUUACCCUUUAAGUACACCUGCAAUAAGAUGUCGGAAUUGAGUAAGGAUCUUUUGGCUAUGUUAGAAGAGAACGAAGAAACCGUGAUCGAAGAACUGCGUGAUAUUGAAGAGCUUGUAAAGUUCCUCGACGCCGUCGAUAUCAAGAACUUUUCAGCCGAUAGCUGGUUGCAAUUAUGGACAUCAGUGAAAUCUUGUACUUUCAAUGGAGCUUUUGAGAUUUCCAGCUUUGAGUUUGUAUCCACCGGCCUUGCAGCUGCUCUUUGCCGACUAGUCGAAAAGUGCGGGCUAAUGAAUAUUGUGGCUAAAAGAACUUUUAACGAGGUUUUCGGGCCUAAGAUUGUUGAUUUAAUUGGCAUCCUACAAACGGCACUUACAAGACUUGAGUCUUUCAGAAUAGUGGAAUGUGGUCUGCCAGGUGAUGAAGGAAGAGUUGCUUCAUUAGGUAAACAGGUCAAAAUCAAACUAGUUUACAACGGUGACCCACGAAAAGAUAACAUUUCUGAACAAUUGACAACGAUAACAUUAUCAAUACAUUGUAUCUCUUCAUUCAAUGCGCUGAACGAAUUUUUAAGACAUAGGAUAGCGCAGACGAGAUUUUUGCAUUCACUGUUCCCUGGGUUAAGUACUCCAGCUGGAAAUGAGACCGAUGGACAGAGUAUAGACGAAGUGAAAAACUGGGCUUUCGAAUUUUCAAGUGAGGAUGAGGUCUUUAAGCUCAGCGACACAAUUUUCGAAGCCAUGUAUACGGCAUUCAAGAAUAGUGGGAAGCCAUUGAGCGAGGUUUGGCAUACACCUCAGGUCAUCAACUUUAAGCGUAUCGAUGCACAUGAAUCUGGGGAGACCAAAGGUUUUUCCAGCAUAUAUAACCACGAUCAAGAAUUUGAGGGAAAAUGUUUGAAACCUGCUGGUGAUAUUUUGAUUCUUUUGAAGUUCAUGAAAGUAAACCAAUUACCGGAUGAUUUAUUCAUCAAUCCUAAACUUAGCGCUAAGCUAUCGAGACAACUGGAAGAGCCUUUAGUUGUUGCCAGUGGGGUCUUGCCAAAUUGGUCUCUGCAAUUAACGAAAGAUUACUUCUUUCUGUUUCCGCUGGAGACAAGACUAUUUUUUUUACAGUGUACCUCUUUUGGUUAUGGUAGGCUUGUGCAGCUUUGGAAAAACAAAGUAGGUAGCACUAAGGAGUCCAACACUGACGAUCCACUGCAGCACUUGGGCAGAAUCACAAGACAUAAGUUGCGCGUAUCGAGAGAGACACUGUUUUUGAGUGGAUUGAAGAUUCUAGAUAAAUAUGGAUCCACAGCUAGUGUUCUAGAAAUUGAGUAUCAAGGAGAGGUAGGAACUGGUUUAGGCCCAACUUUGGAAUUCUAUGCUUGUAUAUCUCGAGAGUUCACGAGGAGAAACUUGAACAUGUGGCGCUGUGAGAACUUCAAGAGCUCUGCUGACGUUGAAGUACCCGAUUACGUCGAAACUUCAUUGUUUCCUACGCCUCUGGAUCCUUCAAAGGACAAUAAGAGAGUCAUUGAAUUGUUCCGAUACCUGGGUAUUUUCGUCGCGAGAUCUAUGCUCGAUAACAGGAUUCUUGAUUUCUAUUUCAGCAGGGUAUUCUUUCAACUGACGCAUAGAAGAUACAGGACCAAGGGCAAAGACAUUCUGGUUGAAGACAUAGAGGGCGGACUCGAGCUAUUAGCACUAGUGGAUGAGCACUUGGCAAGCUCUUUAUGUUACUUGUAUGAAAACAGGGAAAAGGCCUCUGAACUGGAGCAAAUGACAUUGACAUUCACUUUACCUGGCCUCGAACUUGAUUUAAUAGAAAAUGGGAAAGACAUCAACGUAACAUCAAAGAACGUUGAAGAGUACAUCAAGUUAGUUCUAAACUACACAUUGGAUGUCGGAAUCAGGCAACAGUUGGAUAGCUUCAUCGAGGGUUUCUCCGUUGUCUUCCCAUAUUCGUCCCUUUUAAUCCUGACUCCCGAAGAACUCGUGGAGAUGCAUGGAAGAGUCGAAGAAGAUUGGUCUUCUUCCACAUUGUAUGCAUCGAUCAAUGCAGAUCAUGGGUACUCAAUGGGUUCUAACUCAAUUCACGAGUUGGUUUCCAUCAUGUCUUCUUUCGAAAGGCAGGACAGAAGGCUAUUCUUACAGUUUUUGACUGGAUCCCCCAAGUUACCAAUUGGUGGAUUCAAAAGCUUAAAGCCUAGGCUCACAGUUGUCCUUAAACAUCCUGAGGACGGACUGGGUCCGGAUGCAUAUCUGCCCAGUGUCAUGACUUGUGCAAACUACUUCAAGUUACCCAAGUAUAGCAGUGGAGAAAUGAUGCGUUCAAGAAUAGUGCAGGCGAUGAAUGAAGGUUCGCAGGCUUUUCUCCUCUCUUAG